AUGCUGCCGAGACUGGGCGGCCCCGCACUGCCGCUGCUCCUGCCGCUGCUGCUGCUGCUGCUGCCGCCGCUGCUGGGCGCGGGCGGCGGUGCGCGCGCCGAGGUGCUGUUUCGCUGCCCGGUCUGCACGCCUGAGCGCCUGGCCGCCUGCGGGCCCCCACCGCCCGCCGCGGGGUCCGGGCCUGACGGCGAUGGCCGUGCGCCCUGUGCCGAGCUGGUCCGCGAGCCGGGCUGCGGCUGCUGCUCCGUAUGCGCGCGGUUGGAGGGCGAGGCGUGCGGCGUCUACACCCCGAGCUGCGCCAAAGGGCUGCGCUGCUACCCCCAUCCCGGCUCCGAGUUGCCCCUGCAGGCGCUGGUCCAGGGCGAGGGCACUUGCAGAAAGUACCGGGACGCAGAGUACGGCGCCAUCCCCGAGCAGGUUGCAGACAACGGCGAUGACCACUCCGAGGGAGACCUGGCCGAGAACCACGUGGAUGGGACCAUGAACAUGCUGGUGGUUGGAGGCACUGCUGGCCGGAAGCCCCUUAAGUCGGGCAUGAAGGAGCUGGCUGUGUUCCGGGAGAAGGUGUCUGAGCAGCACCGGCAAAUGGGCAAGGGUGGCAAACAUCACCUGGGCCUGGAAGAGCCCAAGAAGCUGCGGCCACCACCGGCCAGGACUCCCUGCCAGCAGGAGCUGGACCAGGUCCUGGAGCGGAUCUCCACCAUGCGCCUGCCUGAUGAGAGGGGACCUCUGGAGCACCUCUAUUCCCUGCACAUCCCCAACUGCAACAAGCAUGGGCUGUACAACCUCAAACAGUGCAAGAUGUCUCUGAAUGGGCAGCGUGGAGAAUGCUGGUGUGUCAACCCCAACACCGGGAAGCUGAUCCCUGGUGCCCCCACCAUCCGAGGGGACCCCGAGUGCCACCUCUUCUACAACGAGCAGCAGGAGGCCCAAGGCCAGCGGAUGCAGUAA